AUGAAUGCCCCGGCACCUUUCGAACAUUUCCUUUUACUACCUGAUGAGAAGAAAAUUACAAUUACUAAGGAUACCAAAGUUCCGAAUGCCUGCCAUUUCACGAUUGCUAAAGAAGAUCAUACUUUAGGCAAUAUUAUUAGAGCGCAAUUACUUAAAGAUCCACAAGUUAUCUUCGCUGGUUAUAAAGUGCCUCACCCAUUGGAGUACGAUGUAGUAAUACGAGUGCAAACCACCUCAAAUUAUUCGCCUGAAGAGGCAUUCUCGAAUGCUCUUACUGACCUAAUAUCCGAAUUGAACGUUCUAGAUGACCGAUUUAAGGCUGCUGUGAGAGAAAAGAAGGAUAAUGAUUAG